CGAAUAAGAUCUAAUUAACCAUCCAAUGUUUGUUGGUAGCAUUAAGAAACGCUUCUAAGCAAGUUGUGCGUGUGUGCCAGAAGGCUGCACCCCAGAAUUGCCAGCAUUUGCGCUGCGUUUCGGCAGCCACAACAACAGCAGCAAUAGCAGCAGCAGCAGAGGCAGCAACAACAACGGUGGAAAAGGAAAAUUCAGCCCAGCUGCAUUUCACUUAAUCGCCACCACAGGCAGUUUCUAUUAUGGACAAGAAAUCAUCGCCCGUGCGACGACAAAAGCGCCAAGCGAAAGUGAUUGAAGACAACUUUUGGGACUGCAGCGUCUGCACGUACAGGAACUCGGCCGAGGCGUUCAAGUGCCGCAUGUGUGACGUGAGGAAAGGAACCUCCACGCGAAAGCCUCGCCUGAACUCGGCGCUAGUCGCACAGCAGGCAGCCACACUGCCCGGAGCCAGCGGCAACAUGCCCAACGGUAAAUCCGCCUCCAGUUCACGGCACGGGAGUGGACAUGACAGGCAGCGCCACAAAAGAUACCCGGCCCGUUUGAAGAACGUUGAUCGCUCCACGGCCCAGACACGAGAGGUGACCGUCAACUCCGUCACCGUCUUCAUCACAGAGUACAAGGCGAAGCCGGUGAGCAGCCGGCGCGAGUCCAGCGAGCAGAGCUUCAGCGAGAGCAACGACAGCCGGAGUUAAUUUGCGGCCCGUUGCCAGCCCAAGCCCGUGCUACCUUUUGAUAUUGUGCGCCACGAUUCCCCAGGCCCCGCCCCGCCCUGCCCCUUUCCCUCGUCUAAGUGUACAAGUAACAAAUUGUAAAUUCUAACUGUUAGGCCCGAAACAUAUGUAAAUCGAAAUCACCAUAAGUUAUUGAGUAUUAGGCAACGUUCGAAGCCCCCCGGUGCAUGGCUUCAGCGACUUCCAGCCCUGGCCAGUAGGGGGCAAAAACAGAGCGGGACAAAAGAGAGUAACGCAUUUACACGACCCUCUGCAGCCCCCUGCGAAUGUGCUACCCCUGUAUAUAUUCUACCAACAGAUACUGUGUGUAUCCGUCUCGUAUUGUAAUUCUAAUUCCUAAUUUAUUAUCGCUGAAUGCAUAUUCUGUAUAUGUAUGUUUUAUCAUGUAUAUUUUCGACAAGGAUAUCGUUUAUUUAAUAAGUUUUCAAUUAAAAUAUGAUUUAAAGAAA